AUGCUCGCUGAGAGACUAAGUCUUUCGCCAUGCGCUAUACUGUCGUUUGAUCGGGGCGGUCCAACACCGCUGGUUUGUGUUUGUCGCUUUCUCAGAUUGGAGAUAUACUUAUGCCAUUGUCAGUGCUAUGCCGACGACGCAAAGCUGGUCCCUAGUUCUGCGACGGACAUCGACCCACAUCAUAUCAUCGAUACAGUGAAGCAUCUGGAGAGGCACCGCGAUUGGGAUGAGUUCCGAACCGUCUAUCGCACUGGUGAUGGGGUUGUUGUCAAGAAGAUUUACGAUCCCGAAGCUGCACUUUCAGAAGCCCUGAACCUGGCGAUGAUACGCUCUGUCACUUCGAUCCCUAUUCCAGAGCUGCGCCGGGUCGUAGUGGAUGGCAGUACAACAUACCUUGUCAUGGAAUGCAUCGAAGGGGACAGUCUCAAAGACCGCUGGCCCCAUCUCUCCCUUUGGUCGCGCCUCUCGGUUGCUUGGACCUUGAGGGGUUACGUUGCGCAGCUUCGGCGUUUACGACGUUCUGUGCCGGGGACCCUUCCGGGUGGACGAUGUAACGGCCCUCUUUUCACAGAGGACGGUGCUGGUCCCUUCCACUCUUAUAGCGACAUGAUUGCAUGGUUCAACCACAAGCUGGAAGUUUCUCAGCGCAUGAACCAAGCACCCAUUCAUGCACCCCGAUUUGACUCUCGCUCGCCUCUUGUGUUCACGCAUCAAGAUUUAUGUCCGCGCAAUGUCAUGCUAGCGCACGACGGUACUCUCUAUCUGAUCGAUUGGGAGUACGCAGGGUUCUAUCCCGAGUGGUUCGAAUACACAACCAUGCUGCGACAGACCGACUUGCCGAUAUCGUGGAGAUGGAUGGUGCCGCUUAUUGCCGGUUGGUUCACAAAUAUGGCAAGAUGUGUCAGUAACAUCAGUUGGGCGUUGUCAACCGGCGCGAUGAUGUGA